AUGGCUGAUUACUCCUUGUUCACCAAAAAGACUUCCUCAACUUUCACUGCAUUAUUGAUCUAUGUAGAUGAUCUUGUUCUCACUGGCAAUGACAUGACAGAAAUCAACCAUGUGAAGUCAUCUCUACAUAAUCAAUUUCGAAUUAAAUACUUGGGACAACUCAGAUAUUUUCUUGGCUUGGAAGUUGCUAGAUCCAAACAUGGGCUGAUUCUUAACCAACAGAAAUAUGCUCUUGAAUUGAUAGCUGACUCUGGUAUACUUGCAGCUAAACCAGUCUCCACUCCAUUAACUCCAUCUCACAAGCUCAGUCGAGAUAAAGGCAUCACAUACUCUGAUCCUCCUACUUAUCGUCGAUUAGUGGGCAGAUUAUUGUACCUCACCGCCACAAGGUCAUAUAUUGCACACUCUGUCCAACAAUUGAGCCAAUUCAUGGCUUUUUCUACACAAGAUCACUAUACUGCAGCUUGCCAUGUUCUUCGUUACCUCAAAGCUUCUCCUAGUAAAGGUCUUUUUUUUCCUACAGUAAAUUCUCUUUCUUUAACUGGAUUUGCUGACAGUGAUUGGGCUUGUUGCCCAGAUACUAGGAAAUCUGUUACUGGUAUGUGUAUUCUCCUUGGAUCAUCACUCAUCAGCUGGCGUUCCAAGAAACAAAACACAGUUUCUCGGUCUUCAUCUGAGGCAGAAUAUCGUGCAUUAGCUAAUUUGACUUGUGAAAUUCAAUGGCUUGCUUAUUUGUUUCAAGAUCUUGGUAUUCUUUUGCCUCAACCAGUUUCGGUUUAUUGA